CUUCACUGCUGAUACAGUACUGCCAAGUAUGAUGUGCAGUCAGACGAACCCAGAGGUUCUCCUGGAGAAAGUGGGCAGAACCGGCAUGAUCACCAUGAACAGACCCAAAGUCCUGAAUGCCCUCAACCUGAGCAUGAUCCGACAGAUCUACCCUCAGCUCAAGAAAUGGGAGAAGGACAAUGAGACUGACAUUAUCAUUAUCAAAGGAGCAGGUGGAAAAGCCUUCUGUGCUGGCGGAGACAUCAGAGCGGUUACAGAAGCAGGGAAGGUCGGUGGCUCUCUUGCACAGGACUUUUUCCGUGAGGAAUAUAUUCUCAACAAUGCCAUAGGAGCAUGCAGAAAGCCAUAUAUUGCCCUCAUUGAUGGAAUAACAAUGGGAGGGGGCGUAGGUCUGUCGGUUCAUGGACGGUUUCGAGUGGCCACUGAGAAGACGCUGUUUGCCAUGCCAGAGACCGGCAUCGGGCUUUUCCCUGAUGUGGGGGGUGGCUAUUUUCUACCAAGGCUCCAGGGCAAGUUGGGACUGUUUCUGGCUUUGACAGGCUUCCGUCUCAAGGGACGCGAUGUGCAGAAAGCCGGAGUUGCCACUCACUUUGUGGAGUCUAAGAAGAUCCCAGACCUGGAGAAGGAGCUGGUGGACUUGAAGUCUCCCUCUGCUGAAGACGUCUCCAGAGUGCUAGACUCCUAUCAGAACCAGAGCAGUCUGGAUUCUGAAAAGCCUUUUGUCUUGGACAAGCACGUGUCUGAUAUCAACAGGCUGUUCAGCUCCAGCAGUGUGGAGGGAAUAAUGCAGAAUCUGAAGGCCGAUGGCUCGGAGUUCGCCAAGAAACAGGCUGAGACAUUGUCCAAAAUGUCUCCCACUUCCCUGAAGAUCACCUUCAAGCAGCUGCAGGCAGGUGCUGCUCUGAGCCUGCAGGACGUGCUGGUGAUGGAGUAUCGCAUGAGCCAGGCCUGCAUGAGGGGCUGUGACUUCUAUGAGGGUGUAAGAGCUGUGCUGGUUGACAGAGACCAGAGUCCCAAGUGGAAGCCGUCAACUCUGGAGGAGGUGUCUGAUCAGAGCAUUGACCAGUGCUUUGCCUCACUGGGAGAGAAGGAUCUGACUUUCUAAGGUCCUGUCAGACAGCAGCUGCUUCCCAUCUCUGCACAGACACAUCAUGAAGCCUACUGUGAGCAGCUGCCUCCUGUCCCCAUAUCACUACAUGGACAUGAUGUACACAGGUCAUAUACUGUAAUGGUUUGAUUCUGUACUAUUGGAAACAUUUUACAGGAGAAUUCAGACUCAAACAGGGUGGUACUCUGCAGCUGAGAAGAGGGACUGAUUCAUGUUCACAGCCAGAAAUAGAAAAUAAUAGUAGCAGAAGAGGCAGCUAAUGGGCACCCUGUGUGUCACGCCUAAGAAAAAUGCUUAGUGUAAACUUGCUGUGCAGUGGAAAUGGAGUCUUUGUUGCACUUAGUGUAAAGUAAUAACUGCAAAUACAAGGAGCCAGACAGCAACACUGCAUUAACCUGAGGCCAUGGGAAAGACAAAGGAUCUCACCGCUGAGUGCUUCAGCACAUUUCCUGAGAGUGUUUGUUGAUGUCACACAGAUCAGUAUCAUCUGUGAUCACUUGUUCCAGUUCAGAGAAUGUAUUGUCCCUCUUUUAUUUCUAUGUUGUUUUGGUUACAUCUGUACUUUUUAGCUGUAACAUAAAUACAAAAUGUCUCUGACACUCCUGAAACAGAUGGCAGGCUUCCAGUGGAAGUAUCAGUCCUUGUUCUUGAUGCAUUUACAUGAUUGUUACAGUGCAACAAUAAACAAAUAUGUUUUCA